UCAAUUGAGCGACGACAAUGGCGACACCGGCGACAGCGGCGGCACCCCCAUGUCCAUCACCAAACCCACUUUCUCUGCUACCCAGGUGCUCCACUCUUCGAGAGCUGAAGCAAAUACAAGCUUUCACCAUUAAAACCCAUCUCCAGAAUGACCCUUCUGUCCUCACCAAGCUCAUUAAUUUCUGUACCGAGAAUCCGUCUUCCUCAUCUAUGGCGCAUGCCCACCAACUGUUCGAUGACAUUCCUGAACCAGAUAUAGUCAUGUUUAACUCCAUGGCUCGGGGGUAUUCUCGUUCCAACACGCCGCUUCAAGCUAUUUCCCUCUUUGUUGAUGUCUUAUGCUGUGGUCUCCUCCCGGAUGAUUACACGUUUCCUUCCCUUAUCAAGGCUUGUUCGGGUGCUAAGGCAUUGGAAGAAGGCAAGCAAUUACAUUGCUUUGCUGUCAAAGUAGGGCUAAAUGACAAUAUAUAUGUCCGUCCUACGUUAGUGAAUAUGUAUACUGAAUGCAAGGAUGUGGAUGCAGCUCGGUUGGUUUUUGAUAAGAUUGUAGAGCCCUGUGUCGUGUCUUAUAACGCAAUAAUCACGGCUAAUGCUAAAAUCAGUAGACCCAAUGAAGCUUUGUCAUUGUUCCGGGAGUUGCAGGGGAGAAAUCUGAAGCCUACAGAUGUUACUUUGCUCAGUGUUCUGUCUUGCUGUGCUCUGUUAGGAGCACUGGAUUUAGGGAAGUGGAUACAUGAAUAUGUGAAGAAGUAUGGGUUUCAUAAAUAUGUGAAAGUGAAUACUGCACUUGUAGAUAUGUAUGCUAAGUGUGGGAGCUUGAAGGAUGCAGUUUCUAUCUUUGAAAACAUGGCUGUAAAAGAUACACAAGCAUGGUCAGCUAUGAUCAUGGCUUACGCAACUCAUGGACAAGGUCAUCAAGCCAUGUCAUUGUUCGAAGAAAUGAGAAGGGCACAAGUGAAACCUGAUAAUAUCACAUUUCUGGGACUUUUAUAUGCUUGUAGCCACACUGGACUUGUGGAGGAGGGUUUCAAGUAUUUCUCUUACAUGAGCGAGGAGCACAGAAUUAUCCCCGGUAUCAAGCAUUAUGGGUGUAUGGUGGAUUUACUAGGUAGAGCUGGAUAUUUGGAUAGGGCUUAUAAGUUCAUAGAUGAAUUGCCAAUUGAGCCUACUCCAAUACUAUGGCGAACAUUGUUAUCUUCUUGUAGUAGUCAUGGAAAUAUAGAGUUGGGAAAGAAGGUUAUUGGGCGAAUUUUUGAACUUGAUGAUUCUCAUGGUGGAGAUUAUGUGAUCUUAUCAAACUUAUUAGCCAGAGCAGGGAAGUGGGAAGAUGUAGAUUAUCUCCGAAAAAUGAUGAAAGACAGAGGAGUGGUAAAGAUUCCUGGGUGUAGUUCCAUUGAGGUGAACAAUGUAGUUCACGAAUUCUUCUCAGGGGAUGGUGUGAAUUCUGUUUCUACAGAUUUGCAUCGGGCACUCGAUGAGUUAGUGAAGGAACUAAAGAUUGCAGGGUAUGUACCAGAUACUUCCCUUGUUGUUCAUCCAGACAUGGAAGAUGACGACAAGGAAAUUACACUUAGAUAUCACAGUGAGAAACUAGCCAUUGCAUUUGGACUCCUGAAUACUACUCCUGGGACAACAAUUCGGGUAGUGAAGAACUUAAGAGUUUGUGGGGAUUGCCAUUCUGCUGCUAAACUUAUAUCUUUGAUCUUCGAUAGGGAAAUAAUUCUUAGAGAUGUUCAGCGGUUCCAUCAUUUUAAAGAUGGGAAGUGCUCUUGUGGGGAUUUCUGGUAAUACGAUUUGUUUAACCAGAGUUAUGUAGUUCA